AUGGUUAAAAAAAAAUUAAGAGUUAUUAUACCAUUUAUGUUGGAAAAGGCUUAUGAAGAUAUAAUAAAUAAUGAUUAUAUAUAUAAAAAAAUCAAAAAAGAAAAGAUAAAAGAAAUAAAAAAAAACCAAAUUAAAGAAAAAAACAUUAAAGUUGAAGAUAAAAAAGAAAACGAACGUGAAGUUAGCGAAUAUGAACGUGAUUUAAUUGAAGAAAAUGAUGAUGAAAUAUUAUGUGAAGAUGAUGAAAUACCAUGUGGACAACCAAUCUCAUCGGAAGAAGAUGAGCCAACUCCGUUAUCUUCUCAAAUGGAAUUACCUAGUUCUCAAAUGGAAUUACCUAGUUCUCAAAUUUCAAUACCAUUAUUAAGACGUAAAGCAUCAAAUAGCACAAUUCUUCAACAUUUAGAUCCAAUAAUUCAAUUAUUUAAUAUUGAAGAUUAUUCGAAAUACACAUUUGUAAUUCAAGAACAAUUAAAAUUAAAUAAUAAUUGUGGAUUUUUUUUAGUAUUAAAUUUGAUGGUAAUUAUUAAAUAUAUAAUUAAUUUUAAUUCAAAAUGUAUUGUUUCAAAUAAUAAACUUCAAAUAAAUAGUGAAAUGUAUUGUUUUUAUCCAGAAGAUUUUAGAAACAUCAUACAUAAUCCUUUAAUUGAAUUUUAUAAACUUGAUGAAUAUUCAAAAAGUAAUUUAAUUGAUUGUUUUAAAUCACAAAUUCAAAAUAAAAUUAAUAUCAUAUAUUGA